CCAUUCAAAUAUAGCACUGAGUUCACUCAGUUUAGUAGCUCCAGAAAAAUGGGACAGUCUUCUGUAAUCUUCCUCUGCGCUCAUCUUCUUCUUCUUCUCUUCUUUUCUCCAUCAACUUAUGCCUCUGCAUCCGAUGAGGCGGCGCUGCUGGCGAAGAGGCUCAUCAGUGACCUCAAUCUGUUCCCCGAUGAUGCCGUCAACUUCGUUCCCGUUGCUAAUUCCUCGCUCCAACCGCGCAAGAUCGUCGAGAAGCGCCUCAGGUUCCCGAACCUGGUUGCUUCGGAUUCCGAGCCUUCGGUUGAGGAUUUGGGUCACCAUGCUGGUUAUUACCCCAUUGAGCAUUCACAUGCCGCUAGGAUGUUCUACUUCUUCUUUGAAUCACGUAACAGGAAGGAGGAUCCUGUCGUUAUUUGGUUGACAGGGGGACCUGGGUGUAGCAGUGAAUUGGCUUUGUUUUAUGAAAAUGGCCCUUUCAAAAUUGCUGAUGACUUGUCUCUUGUUUGGAACGAGUAUGGUUGGGACAAGGUAUUUGAUAUUCACUUUAUCAAUGUUAUAUGUGCAUGUGUGUAUGCAGGUGAUGGAAACAAUCUAAAAUCUAAUUUUGAAUGAAUUCAUAUUGCUUCU